UGAGAGGGAACAUCGGAGGGGCGAGUCUCAGUGUGCCCGCUGGAACAACCCGCGCCGCUCGUCCGUAUCGCGAGACAUGAAACUUUCCCUACAACGCGCUACAGGUGCCCAAUGCUACACGUUCGCAUAACCCACUGUCACGCGAAGGGUUAACUGUACACUAAACACUUUGACGCAAACGCCGAUAUGCCCCGGUUAUGUUCAAGUUUUAUGAUUAAUUAUGCGUAAACUUCAACUGUUGUUUCACGUUUUCGCGUGGGAUUUCAUUGUGCCUGUCGGGAUAUGACAAUAAUCUAGCCGAAACCAUAGUGAUAUACUAAUAUGGAGUUAAGUAUAUUGUGAUAAGCAGAGUAGGUGUGAGUGUUGUGUGUUUGAAAGUGAUGGUGGAAUAGAGUUGGAGGGGGGCGAUGGUGCAGUCCCAUUGGUCAUGGCGGGUUCUGGUCCUACUUCUACUCUGUGUUUUAAAACGAGGAAGCGGUCAAGCGACGGAUGUAGAAGUGCGGCUGCAGGCCCCCAGCUGGGUGGCUCGAGGGGGCUCCGCUACCUUCCGCUGUCUUCACCAAGUGCCGCCGCAGUUACUCUAUAAAGUGGAAUUCCUCCGCGCAGGCGCAAAGCUGCUUCAAUAUGUGCGCGAACGCACGCCGCCUUACACGAACUACACUUUCGCAGGUGGCCGGCUUAACAUGACUUUGGUGACUGAGAACUCCAUAACGAUAGACAACUUGGACCCGUCGGCAUCAGGACUGUACUGGUGCGAGGUCUCGCUCGAGACGCCGAUCUUCACUGCUGCCUCGCCGUCGCACCAACUUACUGUCGUAUACUCCCAGAAGCAUCCACCGAUAAUAACGUUUGGGAAACCCGACGUGGUGGUUGGUGGCCUGCUUCGAGCAAACUGCACGAGCGCCCCAGCUGCUCCUCCACCUCGCCUCACCUGGUACAUUGAUAAUGAAAAGGUACCUGAAGAAUCAAUAAAGUACUUCUCAUAUCGGGUGUCAAGCUUGACUCGCACCAAGGGCGGUGGCGGCUACAGACAUAGGAAACACCAGCACCGUUACAUUGCGCCCGAGUUCAACUACACGGCCAAGUACUGGGCCCUGGUCAGUGAGACCACCACGCCGCCUCCAGCCAACCUGACCAAACAUCACAAGUGCACUUUGAAAGAGGGACAGAGCGAGGAAAUGGCUAAAAUGCAGGAAAGACCACGACCACCGCCCGUCACACCGAUAUCCCUAUGGGUGUCUAUAGCAGAACUUCGCACUCCUGCGCACGGCAAGUUACAACUCACUUGUACUGCCACCAUACCUGAUGAAGUCGGCCCUGGGGAGAAGUAUGCUGAUGUCAAGAAGCAGACUGUUACUGUGGCGGUCAACGAGCUGAGUCCGAGAAAACCUCAUUCGGAGACAAGCCAAGCAAACGCCACGUCGGUACGCCUGCGAACAUACCCCUCACUGUGGCUCUUCAGCUGCGGGGUAUUACUUCACGAGCUCUCCGUUCAAUUUAAUUGAAUAUCGAAGUUUCGCACCCUCGCUUUCAUCUUCGACCAUAAUUUAUGUGCCAGCUUUUAAUAACAAGUAUUAGAAACCACAUUUUUCUUAGGCACCAUUCUUUUUAAACGUUUACAUUACUAGACGAUUUUUCUACUACUUUUUAAAAUUUAUCGUCUCACUUUCAAGGUAAAUGGUUGUCCUAUUUCUCCUUUGUUACACCUUUGACCGUAAAAUACUUUUUAAAAUAAUAACUGACUACAGAGGUUUUUCUUAAUAAAUUUUACUGUGUUCAUACUUUAAUAUUGAUAAAUAAAUAUUAUUGUUACCCUGUGAAUUGUUUAGGUGAGGGUGUUAAUGCAUUUAACAAUGUACUAUAUCUGUAAGUCUUCUUGUUUCUUCCUGAGCUUUUACACGUCAAUUAUAUGACUCUUAAAUUCACCAAAACUUCUCCGACAGGGUCUUAUCAUUCUUAUAAAGCAGUUUGUUCUAUCACAAGCUAAAUUUAAUUCUCAAAAAUUGAUGUCUUUUGUACCUGUACCCCUAUAUUUCAAAGGACAGGAGCCGAAAUCAAUGACGCCUUGAUUGGAUACGUUGAAUCUACCGAACCUCAAAAAUGACAAUUUAUUUUCGAUAGAUGGAAAAUUGAGUCCAAAAUCAAUUUACUGCCAAUCUUCACGCUCGUUACGGUGUCGAUGAAUAUGAUUAAUGUCAUCCUCGAUUUUGAAGACAGGCCCUGAACCUCCAAUCAAUAAUCUUAUGAUCUUUCGUUAGAAGCAUCAUAAUAUUUCGUUAUUAAUCAUGUUCUUACACUGUUUAAGUUACUUACAUGAUGGAGUUAGGAACUACAUGGUAGUCAAUAGUAUACAUAAAUAAUCAUAUAAAUAGUUAAUCAAAGCCCUCUGGUACUGCUUUAAAUGUUGUCUUAACCUGUAGAACAGCAAUAUUCUGAAGUUAUGUAACUUAUAAAAAAGUUAAAAACAGAUCAUUAUUGACAAUCUACAGAAUCAUCAGAAAUACGAUAUGAAGUCGGUACAAAAUUUUUCAAGUUAUUAACUUGUAGAUACGAUUUACAAUAUUUGCGUAAUAAAUAAGUUCGUACAACAACAAAGGUUACAAAACGUUUUUCUGACGAAAAGAAAUAAAGAAAAUAUGAUCGUCACAUAUUCAUACCCAACACAUAGUGAGUUGAAUUAAUCUACGUAGUGUAACCAUAACUUUAGAAAAUUGCUUUACAAAAAAAGGUUCGCUUACAUUUUCUCAAAGGUCAGCUUAGGUGAAAUCCUUUAAUAUUUUCAUUUCUUUCUUAUCUGAGAAAUCAAGAUAUUCAUAUUAGUAGGGGAUUUCAAAGUGAGAAAGUAUUUUGAGAACUCGAUUAUUGUCUGUAAAAUAUUUCUGCAGAUAUUUUCGAUAUUAUUAGUGUUACGCUGUGUAAAGCAGAGAUAAAUUUAAUGUAAUUGCCAGGGAGUUGACUUGUUAUUUAUACAGGCUCUCUUUAAAGUACAUUAACUUCUAGGGAACGUUUGUUGAGUUAUAAAUAUUUUAUAACUCGCAGUUUCUCAAGGGAUUUACAAGUUCAACUCAAUAUUGAAGCGAAGAAGCUGAAAAUUUAAUAUUGAAUUCAGUGUUUAUGUUGAUCCUACGGCGAACAAAUGUUGGUUUUGAUUUAAAAUUCAAUUUUAAAGUAAUUUAUUCUUUAUUAAUUAGCACCUGAUUGAUACAUGGAACAGGAAUUCUGUACCACAAGUUUUGAAUUCGAAUCUCGUUUAGAAUUGUCUUUUGUGGCUUUUCUUAGUUUUUUAGGUAUCAGUUGUUACGUAACAUUGGUGGAUGUGAACUAAUUAAUACUUUGCAUAAAUUCUGUUGCUAAAAAUAUUUUCCGGAAGUUAAUCUACUAUCUCUUUUACCAUUACAAAAGAUAAUAGUCUGUGCAAUAAAAGGUCAACUCUAUGUACUGGUGUUAAAGUCUUCCUGCAGCUCUUUACACUGACUAUUGUAGAAAGUUUAUUUGUUAGGCUAAAGGAUGUGAUAAGUUAAGAAAAAUAUGUAUAUUGAGGCGAAAAUAUAUUUUAAAAUAGUUUAAUGUGCUAUUGUAUAGAUGAAAAGUAUAUUUAAUGUAAUAUAGACAGAGUUUAGACACGUUAAAAUUUGUGGCCAACAAUCAAUAAAGUAUAUACUUAAAUAUAUAGUUCUUACCUGUUUGUCUUCAUAAUAAAUAUGAUAGUAUGAGUAAUAAAGAGUUACCUAUUAUGUGUUAAAAUCAAAGAGCAAAUAAUAUAGUACUAUGUUAUGUUAAAAUAAACAUAAUGAUGUAGUCAACCGACCGAGGUUCCUUUUUAAAAAUCUUGAAAAAUAUAAAUAAUAUUUUAUGUACAAAAGAUAUAAUAUUUCCGAAUGAACGUGUCGUGUCAAACUAACUUAUCUUCUCAAAAUUCAUGUUGAACUGUUGUCUAGUAUUCAAGACUUCUCUUGAGACUUUAGAUAAGCUCUAAAGUGGAAAACUUGAAGUCUUGAACACAACCAGCAGGAAUUAGUUUAUGCUUGCUUCUUGUUAACUUGAAUAUUAUUUACUUUAAGACUUCAUUUUCUUGUUAUGGAAUUCUGUAUGUAUUUAACUUAAUGAGUCAUGUUCUUUUUUUAUCCUAUCACUAGGCAGAAGCUGUAUUGUUUAUUGUAAGUAUAUCACGUCACAUACAGCCAACGAAAAAUGUUUUCACAACCAACUUCAUCAGUCGUCACCAACCAUCAAACGAGGCUGAAAGCGAGCCUAUUUCCGAUAAAUUAAAUAUUUUACUUAAAUUCCUUUUUUGCGACGAUUAGAUCGAUAUUUUCAAAAAACAUGUUCAGAGUAUAUAAAUACCUUCGGGCCACUCAGAAACUUGUAAUUCAUGUAAAUGGUCAAACAAUGUGAACGAUAAAAUUAAAAGCUUAAUGAAUAUA